AUGAGCUUGGCGCACGAUGAGCUUGGCGUACAAUGGUUUUGGCGCACGAUGAGCUUGGCGUACGAUGAGCUUGGCGCACGAUGGCUUUGGCGUACGAUGAGCAUGGCGCACGCCUGGGUUUGGCGGCCGCUGGGUUUGGCGGACGAUGGUUUGGCAUACGAUGGUUUGGCGCACGCUGGCUGGUGGCGCACGCUGGGUUUGGCGGGGUGUGGCGUACGCUGGCUGUGGCGCACGAUGAGUUUGGCGUAUGAUGGUUUGGCGUAUAAUGAGUUUGGCGUACGCUGGGUUUGGCGGACGCGGGUGUGGCGUAUGCUGGCUGUGGCGCACGUGGCUGUGGCGUGGUUUGGCGCAUAA